CACAGAAAGCCCUCCCCUUUAAAAUCGACGCACCGCCCUUUAAUUCCGCCGCCUGUAGCACUUCAACAGGCUGGCUGGCAGCGGCUAUAUGGUUUGUGGUUAUGUUUAGGUCUGGCCGUGGUGUUGACAAUACCACACUCCGAAUGCGAUGGGAAUGCUGACGGAAUGGCUUUAAAACGAAUUAUACUCACGUUACUGGCCCUGUCUGGGUUAGCCAUCGGUGAUGCCCUGCGGUGUAACUGCACCAACUGUGUGAAGUCUGGUUAUGAGUGUGAGACUGAUGGGGCCUGCAUGGCCUCCACCUCCUUCAUCCAGGGGCAUGAGCAGCAUGUAAGGAUCUGUAUCGCCAGAGACAGCCUUGUGCCCCCUGGCCAACCUUUCUACUGUCUCAGUGCCGAGGGACUGCUCAACACUCACUGCUGCUACACUGACUAUUGCAACCGUGUCGACCUCAAGGUCCCCUCGCUCCCGGUGAAACCAGGGGAGCUGGGCUGGGUGGGCUCUGGAGGCCCCUGGGGGCCGGUGGAGCUGGUGGCUGUGAUCGCAGGGCCAGUCUUCCUGCUGUGCAUGCUGCUGCUGGUGGGAUUAUUCCUCUUCCAGCAUCACCAGAGGACCUACAGCCACAGACAGCGGCUGGAGGUGGAGGACCCCUCCUGUGAACACCUCUACCUGGCCAAGGACAAGACCCUGCAGGAUCUCAUCUAUGACAUGUCCACCUCUGGGUCUGGUUCUGGCCUGCCCCUGUUCGUGCAGCGUACGGUGGCCCGGACCAUCGUUCUGCAGGACAUCAUAGGGAAGGGCCGCUUCGGGGAGGUGUGGCGGGGGAAGUGGCGCGGGGGAGACGUGGCGGUGAAGAUCUUCUCGUCCAGAGAGGAGCGCUCGUGGUUCAGAGAGGCUGAGAUCUACCAGACCAUCAUGCUGCGACACGAGAACAUCCUGGGAUUCAUCGCCGCCGACAAUAAAGAUAACGGCACAUGGACCCAGUUGUGGCUGGUCUCAGACUACCACGAGUACGGUUCUCUGUUUGACUACCUGAACUACUAUUCUGUGACUAUAGAGGGCAUGAUCAAGCUGGCCCUGUCUGCCGCCAGCGGCCUGGCUCACCUGCAUAUGGAGAUACUGGGCACGCAGGUCUUCCAACUCAGUGUUUCCUCCCCUCUAGGUAAGCCUGGCAUCGCCCACCGUGAUCUGAAGUCUAAGAAUAUUCUGGUGAAGAAGAAUGGCAUGUGUGCCAUCGCUGACCUGGGGUUGGCAGUACGCCAUGAGUCCAUCACUGAUACUAUAGACAUCGCCCCUAACCAGCGUGUUGGCACCAAGAGGUAUAUGGCUCCAGAGGUCCUGGAAGAGACCAUCAACAUGAAACACUUUGACUCGUUUAAGUGCGCUGAUAUCUAUGCCCUGGGGCUGGUGUACUGGGAGAUAGCGCGCCGCUGCAACACUGGAAGUAUCCACGAGGAUUACCAGCUGCCCUACUUUGACCUGGUGCCCUCUGACCCCUCCAUAGAUGAGAUGAGGAAGGUGGUGUGUGACCAGAGGCUGAGGCCUAACGUGCCCAACUGGUGGCAGAGCUACGAGUCUCUGCGUGUGAUGGGUAAGAUCAUGAGGGAGUGCUGGUACUCUAACGGAGCGGCCCGCCUCACGGCUCUACGCAUCAAGAAGACCCUCUCUCAGCUCAGUGUCGAGGAGGACAUCAAGAUGUAAGAGAAGAUUGGGACGGACGGACGGCAGAGCCACGUGGCUCGCUGGAGACGCACAACGAUAGGCAUAGGCUGUAUAUCAAAUGGCGCCCUAUUCCCUAUCUAGUGCACUACUUUUUGACCAGGGCUCAUGGAAAAUAACACGGAAAGGACUGAGACUAAAUCCUGCCAGUUUAAAGCCCCACUCCCAAAUUGUGACAAGGCCUACCUCACCUUAUUAGCCAAAACUACUGAGAAUCUCCCCUGUGCCCCUCUUCUUUCUCCCUCCUUCACUAUGGCCUUCUUCCACUGGUUAUCCUAACCUUCUCUCCUCCACCCACUCUUAUGGGCCACCACACUACAUGAUACUACCAUUAUUAUCCCCACCAACCUCCCUGUUCAGUUUUACUUUGUGCUCCGAGGCAGUAAUUAUUACUAUUGUACAGUGACAGGAAUAUAGUUUGUAAUAUUUUUUAUUUUAUUUUUUUCUUGCCACAAGACUAGCUACGUCCUGAAAACUCAUAUUCAUGUGGUUUCAUGUCCACAUUUUUAAGUAAAAAAAUGUGCUAUGAGUUUGUUUUCAUGGCAACAUGUUGCUUUUGGGAGAAUGUGGGAGAGUAGCAGACGACGCGCUUGUCGUCACCCAAUCAUCUGUACAGGAUGAAAUCAACCAUAUUAGGCAGGAAAGUCACUUCUAUGGACAUGUCACAAUAUACACUGAACGAAAAUAUAAAUGCAACAUGUAAAGUGUUGAUCCCAUGUUUCAUGGGCUGAAAUAAAAGAUCCCAGAAAUGUUCCAUACGCACAAAAAGCUUGUUUUUCUCAAAUGUUGUGCACUAAUUUGUCUACAUCCCUGUUAGUGAGCAUUUCUCCUUUGCCAAGAUAAUCCAUCCACCUGACAGGUGUGGCAUAUCAAGAAGCUGAUUAAACGGCAUGAUCAUUACACAUGUUCACCUUGUGCUGGGGACAAUAAAAGGCCACUAAAAUGUGCAGUUUUGUCACACAACACGACACCACAGAUGUCUCAAGUUUUGAGGGAGCAUGCAAUUGGCAUGCUGACUGCAGGAAUGUCCACCUGAGCAUUUGCCAGAGAAUGUAUGUUCUCUACCAUAAGCUGCCUCCCAUGUUGUUUUAGAGAAUUUGGCAGUAGGUCCAACUGGCAUCACAACCACAGACCAUGUGUAACCACGCCAGCCCAGACCCUUUACACUCACCUGUGGGAGUGUCUGAGAUUAGCCACCCAGACAGCUGAUGAAACUGUGGGUUUGCACAACCUGAUUUUCUGCACAAAUUGUCUGGUAAACUCCUCUGCGUGCUUGUCAUCACCAGGGUCUUGACCUCACUACAGGUCGACGUCGUAACUGACUUCACGCUGGGAAAGUGUGCUUUUCGCAGAUGAAUCCCGGUUUCAUCUGUACUGGGCAGAUGUCUUACAGCGUGUAUGGCGUCAUGUGGGCGAGCGGUUUGCUGAUGUCAACAUUGUGAACAGAUCCAUAGCGAGGAUAUGGUCAAGCAUAAGCUAUGCGCAACGAACACAAUUGGAUUUUAUUGAUGUCAAUUUGAAUGCACAGACGUACUGUGAUGAGAUCCUGUGGCCCAUUGUCGUGCCAUUCAUCCACCGCCAUCACGUUUCGGCAUGGUAGUGCACGGCCCCAUGUCGAAGGAUCUGUACACAGUUGAAAAUGUCCCAGUUCUUCCAUGGCCUGCAUACUCACCAGACAUGUCACCCAUUGAACAUGUUUGGGAUGCUCGACGUGUACAACAGCGUGUUCCCGCCAAUACCCAGCAAUUUCGCACAGCCAUUGAAGAGUGGGAUAACAUUCCACAGGCUACAAUCAACAGCCUGAUCAACUCUGUGAAGAUGUCGUGCUGCAUGAGGGAAAUUGUGUGCCUCACACUGACUGGUUUUCUGAUCCACGCCCCUACCUUAAAAAAGGUAUCUGACCAACAGAUACAUAUCUGUAUUCCCAGUCAUGUGAAAUCCAUAGAUUAGGGCCUAAUGAAUUUAUUUCAACUGACUGAUGUCCUAACUCAGUAAAAUCUUAGAAAUUGUUGCAUGUUGCGUUUUUUUAUAUUUUUCUUCAGUGUACAUCAGCAGAGUAGACUACAGCCAUUCCUAUACAGCUUUCAGAAGCUUGGAAUAGCUUGUAGUUGAUUGAACAACAUUUCACAUUAGUAAUUUAAGACUUGUCAAGCAUUAAACAGACAGGUUGCAUUCUGCUACUUGAAUACCUCACGCCUGCUUGAAUGUGACUCCUACAUGUAUCACAUUUUGAGAUUUGGUCCAGUUUUAUGUUUUGAAAUGUGGCAGGGAUGUUUUUUUGGAAUGGUUUUAUUUAUUUUAUUAGAUAUUUUUGAUGAAUACACUUGAGAUUUGAUGUGAUUUAAGAAGCCAGUCAAAGAUGUUGAGUGAUCGAUCUGUAGACUAUUUUUAAUUCAGUCCAACAUGUAGGUAGGGAGCGUUUUGGAUCUAGACGAUCCAGUACUGCUUACCGUGCGGUAGCAGAGAGAACAGUAGGACUCGGGUGACCAGUAUGUGAGGCAUAAACGAUGGUAAUGAAAACUGUUUUACUAUAGACACUACUGAUGGAUACAUUGUGAUUUGUAUACAAAACAUAGGCAUCUCUUUUUCUCUCUGUACUGUGGUCAUUUUUUCAGUGACAUCUUCAAUGGUACUUUCAGCUGGUUUCUCGGAGAUGCAGAAGUCAAAGGAGAGCUUGUCACAGAGCUCAGGAAAAAUAUGUUUUAUUAUUGGCUUUUCUUGGUUUGUUAGCCAUCGAUCUUCCCUUUUACACUGGGCUAGUUGAUAUUGUGAUGUAACUAUGAGCUCAUCUCACCAUUGUGUAUUUAUUUUCAGAACAAUAUGGUAUUUUUGAUCGAUCAGGGCAAGAAGAACAGGCUUUGAUAUCUAUAACUGUUAUUAACACUGGAACUAGGCUCUCUGAAAAAGGAUGUGUUCUGAUGGCAUGCAGAACAAGGGGGCUGUCUCAACACUGGGACCUCUGUCUUUACGGAGGUAAAAGAUAUAGAAUGCAGAGGGGAAAAAUGUUUUUUUUUUUCUCUCUUCUGGAUUUUGGGCGUGUAUACCCCAGUAAAUGUAUGUUGCUGCUACUGUAACAUUGGCAAGGAUAUGACAGAUGGAGUAUUUGAGGGUCAAUCUAUCCUGGUAUUUCAUGAGGGCUUUGAGGAAGAGAUGGUUGUCAUGAGAACCAAAUGUCAAAUAUUCCUAUCCAUGUUUUAGCAUGGGAAUUUGUUAUACCAUCAAAUGUCCUAUUCAUACUGUAAACACCUCUUCAAUAUUUCAAACACCAUGUUAAACUAAUCUUUUUCAGGACUAGUUAGAAAAUGUGUACAUAUGGUAGGUGAUAUACAUUAAAAUACAAGUUUUGUAUUA